UCUCCAUCAUGAACCAUUGCUCAAUUAUUUUCAUCAGAAAAUCAGAGAUAUUCCCUUUUGCUUUCAGAUUAAUUAGAUCAUCAAUUCAAUAUAGUUUUAAACUUGAAACACGAUCAAGUUAAUUAUUUUUACUAAAUGACUCAAUCAUAUAAUUUUUUGGAAAGUGGAAGUUCGAAGGAAGUAAUUUUACUCUUUCAAAUUUCAGGAUUUAUCCUAAAUGAUAAAUAACCCAAAUUUUAGCUCUAAUUCAUCCUUUUUGACAAGAAAGAAGAGAAAAAUUCAAUAACCCUAUCCUUCAAUCCCCACGUAUCGCCAUGCCUAUCAUACGGUAAUCAAGGAAGAAAAUUUGCUAUGGAAAUCGGAUCUUUUGAUAAUGCCAUCGAAUAUAGGCCAGGGAGAUGAUACUUUUGGGAUUUUGGAGAAACAACUCAUACAUGAGCCCAACAACAUGUGGGCUUUAGGCCUUCCGCUGUUUAUAAGUCUCGGCUCAUCACAUCACUUAAUUAUAGAUCCGACUGACAAGAACUCAUUGACGAAGCCAAGCCCAAAACGGGUUUGCGAUGAUGGCGUUGGAUUCACAUCAGUUGCAAGACAUAAAUCCCACGGUGCAUUGCCUUUUCCAGACAACCGGGCUUGGCUUUAGGCCUUCGGCUGUUUCUAAGUCUCGGGUCAUCAUAUCACUUAAUUAUAGAUCCGACUGACAAGCAAUCAUGGACGAAGCCAAGCCCAAAACGGGUUUGCUAUGAUGGGGUUGGAUUCACAUCAGUUGCAAGACAUAAAUCCCACGGUACAUAGCCUUUUUUCAGACAACCGUGCGCAAAUAAUAACCCCCACGCUUGCAAGCAAAAACCCCCAAAACCCCAAACCAUAGAAACAGAGAACACGCCCCCUUCUUUCUGUCGAUUUCAAGUUGAAGAGAGAAAAAAGGAUGAAGGAAGACGAUGGUAGCGGAGCCCCAAACAGAGAACUGUACGCACUCUUACACCUAUCACCGGACGCCUCCGAUGAAGAAAUCCGCAGAGCUUAUCGGCAAUGGGCUCAAGUUUAUCACCCUGACAAAUACCAGGCUCCGCAUAUGAAGGAAAUUGCUACGGAGAAUUUCCAAAGAAUAUGUGAAGCAUAUGAAAUAUUAUCGGAUGAAAACAAAAGGCAAAUAUACGAUAUUUAUGGUAUGGAGGGUUUGAAUUCUGGAUUAGAGCUUGGCCCAAAGUUGAAUAAAGUGGAAGAGAUAAAAGAAAAACUCGAAAAGUUGAAACGGAUGAAGGAACAACAAAAGACGUCGGCGCAUAUUCGACCUUCCGGUACAAUACUGGCUAAUUUGUCGCUGCCACAGUUUCUAGACGGUGAUGGCAUUAUGGAAGGAAUGGCUAUGGCUAGCGAAGUUCAGUCUCAAUUAUCAAAACGUAAUGCUCUUGCAAUUGGUGGAAAUUUGCAAGUCAAGGAAGAUUCCGGUGGUGGGAUUGCCUCGGCUGUAUUUAAGCAUCAGAUUUCCUCAGCUUCUUCCAUAGAGUUUAUAGGAUCAGCGGGCUUACACGGUCUUAUAGGAGUGCAGACGACACGUCAAUUAUCGGUACACUCAACUGCAACAAUGGCCAUUGCAAAGUCUUUUCAUGAUGGUUCGAUUAAUCUUACCAAUUCCUGGACUCGUCAACUCUCUGAGACAGCAAGUGGAAAUAUAGAACUUUUGCUAGGUCCAGAGUCAUCUAUCGGGGUUGGAUGGCAAAAGAAAGAUCAAAAUAUGUCUGCUGGUGGAGAAGUGAAGUUUGGUACACAUUCAUUUGGGGUAUCAGCUCAUUAUACUCAUCGUUUUUCUUCAAAAUCCCAUGGUCGUAUUGCAGGGAGAGUUGGAAGCACUGCACUUGAGGUUGAAGUUGGUGGUGGGAGGAAAGUGUCUGAUUUUAGCACUGUUCGCAUGUUGUAUACAAUUGGAAUUCGGGGUAUCUUUUGGAGAUUUGAGUUGCACCGUGGAGGCCAAAAGUUAAUUAUUCCUAUUUUGCUUUCCAGGCAUUUGAAUCCUGUGUUAGCUACUGGGGCAUUUAUAGUUCCCACAUCAAUUUACUUUAUACUCAAGAAAUUUGUUUUUAAACCAUAUUACCUUAAGAGGGAAAAGCAGAAGGCCUUAGAAAAUAUGGAAAGGACUGCCACCCAGGUUCGAGAGGCAAGGGAAGCAGCCGCAAAAGCUCAGCAGUUGCUAGAGAAUGUGGCCAACAGAAAAAGAAAUAAGCAACAGGAAACAGGGGGACUGGUUAUUACUAAGGCAAUUUAUGGAAAUCGUAAAGCUUUAAGGGAAGGAGAUGAGCUGAGAGAAACUAAUGAUGAAUUAGCCUCACAAGUGUUGGAUGUAACAUUACCUCUUAAUUUCCUUGUUAAUGAUUCGGGGCAACUUAAGCUUCAUGAUGGUGUAAAGAAGUCGGGCAUUAUGGGCUUCUGCGAUCCUUGCCCUGGGGAACCUAAGCAAUUGCAUGUAGAGUAUACUUACCGUGGUGGGAGAUACGAGGUGGUUGUGGAUGAUUAUGAGGAGUUGCUAAUACCCCAGUUGGCACACAGAAUAUGAUCUCUCAAUUUUAGCUUGAUUCCUGGUUAUAGCAGAUAAAUUGCAAUAGUGAUUGCAUCUUGUGCUAGGAAUAUGUUGUUGUGUUGUUCUGAGGCUUUAAUACCUUUCAGUGGCAUAUCUGAGGAUGUGACUAACUGUCAUCAUCUUUAUGUCCAUGAGAGCCACCUUUUUGAACCUUGAAAUCAAGCAAAACACAAUCUGCUCACAUGAAAUCAAACAAAACACAAUCUGCUCACAUGCCUCAUGCGUAAUGAGAAUGGAGACAGCUUGCAGAGCCUUUAAAGUGUUCUUAUUCAUGGUUUUUAUACUGUGUAUAUUAUUGACCGGAAAAUCUCAGUUAUCUGGUUGGUGUGAAAAUAUGGCAAAAGCAGCCUAUCUUUCCAUUCUGGGAAAUAAAUCGAAUUAGGAUCCACAAAUGAAUUAAAAAUUAAACAAGGCUCAUAUAGAUAUUGGGUAAGUUGGACUUUGCCAUUGCUUGUGAUGAAUACCCUUUAGCCUUUUGCAGAGUUUGACUUUGCAGAGGACCACUUGUUUUUUUAGGUUUUGGACUUUAAAUCUAUGCCAAUACAGUGUCCCACAUCUUCGAUUUUGCUGCAUGAAUAUUGAAUUGUAGUCAGGCUAAUCCUUGGAAAUGAAAGGAAAAGAAAGGAACUAACAAACUUUGUUGUUUGCUUAUCCUAUUCUUAUCUCUCAUUGAAUUCCUCACGGGACAGAAUGUGGCAAAAACCUCAUGCUAUCAUUUAGAUGGUUAUACCCUCCAUUAGAUAAAACAUUCAUUAGACA